CGAGUGUCCCACCCCAUGGAAUCUUCUUAUCGUUUCAGCAAUGACCGUAUCGGAUCUCACCGCCCAGCUGUUCGAAGCGGACAACCAGAUGGUGAAGUGUGACCUGAACGAGGGCAAAUACAUGGCCUGUUGUCUGUUGUACCGGGGCGAUGUGGUGCCCAAGGACGUCAAUGCCGCCAUCGCCGGAAUCAAGUACAAGCGUACGCUGCGGUUUGUCGAUUGGUGCCCAACCGGAUUUAAGGUCGGAAUCAACAACAAAAGUCCCGUCAUGUUUGCAAAAGGUGAUCUGGCACCGGUGCAUCGGGGAGUUUCCAUGCUGGCCUCGAACACGGCCAUUUCGAAAGCAUGGUCCACGCUGGAUCACAAAUUCGACAUGAUGUACUCGAAGCGGGCAUUUGUACACUGGUACGUUAACGAGGGCAUGGAAGAGGCUCUGUUCAGGGAAGCGCGAGAAAAUUUAGCCGCCCUGGAAAUGGACUACUUGGAAGCGGAGAAGGAUUGCGAAGACCCAACGGCAGCAUCCGAGCAUUCAAGCAUCGAAGAGUUCUAAAUUAUGGCAUGUGAUACGUCACCCUACGUCAGGCAAGUAAACUGAGAACAAGGCGGCCUUUUCACUAUAGUAAUACCGUUUAAAUAAGUUUAUUAUUCUCUUUGAAACUACUCUACGAGACAGUUUAACGAACCGAUGAAAACUAAUAAUAAAAAUGGUUUCAAUAUU